UUAAAAUCUCCUACUAAGAUAAAGGGUCUGUGGACUUGGUGUUUGAGUCAUUAAGCUGGGUAAUUUUGAGGGGGUAAUUUGACGGGACAUAUCGUCAAGCCGCUACCUUUUUGGCCUAAGUCAGACUUAGGCCAAAAUGCAACUAACACACCGUUCGAAUCGUUGUAACGUCUGCUAUCACAUUUUAAAGAAAUGAAUAAAAUCGGCCAACACAUUUUCCUACAAAUCCCGAAAUAACACUUUGGCCUAAGUCAAAAAUGACUAAGGCCAUAAUGAUUCUGGACGCGGUUUGGCCUAUAUCAGAGAUAGGCCAAACGGUUCUCAGAAUCAUUUUGGCCUAUGUCAGAGAUGGGCCAUAAAACUAGCCUCGGCCGCCUUCCGUUUCUAGUUUUUUCCUCUCCCGCUACCCAAGAUGGCGUCACGCAGCAGAACAACAAUGAUGUCAGUCGCCAGUGCUUUAAGCCUUUUUUUGCAAGAAGAGAGUGAUGAUUCACAACAAAGUCAAAGUCUCGGCAGCAGCGGCAGUGAAUUUGAGCCACCACCAGAUCUAAAAUCUGAGCCUGGAACCUUACGGGAGGACCAGCCCAAUUCAGUGACAGCAGAAGGUUCAUCUUGCCGUGGGCUCAUGAACCCUUUGGUGACUGGGCCUGCACAGGGAGGGGAGGACAACGAUCCCAGCACAUCCCAGCUCUUGAGUCUAUCGAGGAGCCACCCCGUACUUCAAACGGAGACGAAAGUGUUGCUGAUGGUGCAAUCAGCACUGUCGAGGAAGACGAGGAGCCACCAACUCCGAUUAACCGAGACGAAAGUUUUGCUGACAGUGUAGUCAGCACUGUCGAGGAAGACGAGGAGCCACCGACUCCAGCUCCUUCAUACGGAGUCGAAAGUUUUGGUGGUAGUGAAAUCAGCACUGUUGAUUUCAACAACACAGCAGAUGACCCUCUCCCUUCAAACCGCGGUAAAAGGAAACCAGCCCCUCACACCUGGAGACGCAGUAUGGCAAAGCAUGCCCGAUUGUUUUUGUACUUUGUUUAUGACCAUGCCUAUCUUGUUUCUCUUGUUUUAGUAGAGGUUUUACAGCGCUAGCAAAUGCAUAAAGUCAUUAGUGAGUGCCAAGGGGUAGAUGUCAACAGAGAAGUCCUUACAGGGA